CAAAGAACUAGGGAAACGGAAUUAUACUUGGAUUCUGACAUUGCUGCUAUGUCAAAUCAAGAAUUUCAACUCCAGGAGCGAGAACAGGAGCAUAGCAAACCGGACAGUCCAUUUUUCAUUAAUUUAGAAAAAAAUGAACUAAUUGAAACUCCGUCUAGGAAAGAACAUCCAAAUGCACACGUGCUUAGUUCAAAUGUGAAUACAGCUGGGCCGAAAAGCAAACCCUCCAAUUAUUUUAUAGCCCUGGAUUCAACUAUUGAAAGUCUGCAAGAAAGAACUCAACAAUUAAUUGACAAGAUUAAUGAGAACCGGAAGAAGGACCACAUGUUGAUGAACAAUUUCAGAGAAAGCCUCCUAAUGAAGGUUUCAGGUUUGGCAGAGAAGCUGGAGGAAAGGGUGUUUCUCGUUUACGAUCAAAACAACAAGAUCAUUCAGGACAAGGUUCAAGAGUUUUCCGACAUCAUAGGAAGGAUUAAACAAAUUGAAGUGGAGCUCAAACAGGUCUGUCACACAGUGGAGAUGCUGUAUAAAGACCUGUGUGUUUAAUCUGAAUUGCAAUUGCAUGGAGGAAGAGAAAAAUAAAGCAGGUGGGAAGGAUUUAUUGAACCGGGGAGGAAACUGAACCAAUGUUAUGUUUUGGUAAGCAAAUAAGAGACAUACCUAAAGAUGUUUUAGGAAAAAUGAAGCUGUACCAGAUGGCCCCAGUUGCCUAUUGUUAUGUAACCCCUGAAAGUAUUUCAAGAACAUUUUAUUAUUUGCUUUUAAAUUUCAAAGUUGAUUUUUUGUAACAGAUUCCAAUUGUAUUUGUGUGAAGCUUCACACUCUGUUUCUGUACAGAGAGCUACUAUCCCUGGUGUAAGUGUGUGACUCUAUGCCACAGGCAACUCAAACAGAGAAACGACUGUAAAACAUAUUGACUAGGACACAGCAAGGUCACAAGGACACCAUCUCUUGUGUCACCACCAUACUCACUCUCCUUUUUAGGACAAGUCAUCAGGGAAGCAGAGGUACAUGGCUUGAUAGCACGCUUGCUAUAGCACAGCUGGGAAAUCCUUCCCUUAGUUAUUCCUGGAGGUUUUGGGACACUGCUAUUGGCCCAGCGAUGCUGCCCAAAACAGUGCCACUUAGCAAAGAUGAAUGAAGCCACCAUCUUUACUGCUUGCAAUGGAGAGCUGACUGGGUAAUGAACACUUAGGACUGGUAUUCUCCCAAGUAACCUGAUACAACCACAGUCAAGAGUAGGAACUUCAGUGGCAAUUUCUUGUGAGGGCAAGUGAUAUGUUAACACGCCACGAGGCCCUUUUAAGUUGAAAUUAAUAUUGACAAAAUACUUGAAAUUUACUAAACAUUUAAACUUUG